CUGGCGACGCCGCCACCAUGAUGUCCAGAGCAGCCGCAUUCGCUGUACUUUUCGUGGCGCUAGCGUCACUGGCCCGAUGUGAGGAAGGUCCUGAAACGGCGAUUGCAGAGAAGCAGCCCACUGAACAGCGCUGCACUCCCAACACGACCUUCAGCCAGGACUGCAACACGUGCUCCUGCAGUGCGGAUGGCACAGUGGCUGUCUGCACGAAUAAAACCUGUCUGUCGCGCCCCACGAGGGACAUUCCGUGUACCCCUGGGACAAUGUACAAGGAGAAGUGUAACACCUGUUUCUGCCUACAAGACGGCAAGUCUGGAGGAUGCACAAGAAAGGCCUGUCCACCAGGAACCUACUAAAGAUGCAGGAUGAUUCUAUCCAGACAAAGCGAGAGAAACUACAAAUCAAUGGCUGUCUAUUAACCAUGUGCAGACUCUGUUAGCCUCUAGUUAAAGUUAUACACUUAAUAUUACAAAAAGACUCGGUAUUAUUGCUUGUAACUGCUGGUGAUAAUACAUUCAUUAUGAUUUUUCGAAGUUUUUUAAUGUUUUCACAUCAAGGCUGGCUAUUGGGAUGCUAACUAGACAAGACGACGCACUGUUAACAGAUAUGUGUAACUUUAAAUGAGUCUACUAAGGUAACACGAACUUGUAAAGCUUAUGUGAUGUUUUGCCUUAUUAGUGAUUUGUUAACAUACAAUUUUUAAUCAUCACUUAAAAAGUACUACGUAAUUAAUUUUGCAAUUUACGGCUUCUGGAAACGAAUUAUUUCCAAAGUAAGGCAAACGGUUAUAACAUUUGAAACAUCUCACUUUGUUAAUUCUUGAACAACACAGUCCCAUGUGGCUUGAUUUACUCUCUUUUCAGUAGCCAUUUGCAUCACAUGAGAAGCAUAUUUAAGUGUUUUUACCAGCCAGCCCGCAUAAGAUGAGUUCGAUUUCGAAACCAUUCUAUGUUAAGUUUUCAGCAAUAUCUGUCUUACAAAAAUGUUAUGGAAUUUUUUGUUUCUUUUGACUUCUUUUUCAAGAACUGGCUUGUUAUACUCAUUGUGUGAUGCAGAAUUAUCGAAAUAAAAAGAGAUAUAUAAUUCUUGUACCCAAUACACCUCAGAUUUAGGAACAGAAAAAAAGUUAUAUACAAUACUUGUAGCUUGAUAGCAUUUAGCUGGUCAGAGACUUUCCAAUUGAUAUAACAAGUUUGAUAUAUAUGAUUUUACAGCCACAUUU